AUGUCGGUAAGCGUCCAGCAGCAAGACUCUCACAACAACUCGUCGCCUGGCUCUUCUCCUACCUCAUCAUCACCAUCAUCAUCGGAUAGUGCUAAAAAGAAGGAUGAAUCAACAACAAAGGAGGAAGAAGCUGUGGGAAUUUGUACAACGACGAAAGAGAGGUUUAGUGUACCACUGACGUACGAUUGUACCGAUGUUUUUACUCAUCCACAAAAGUGGACUGAAAUUCCAGUCAUACUUGAAUUGUUUUUAAUUGGUUUUUAUUCAAUAUCAUUCCUGACAGGGUUACUUCCUAAAUGGUUCUUUUUGGUGAAUUAUAUAUUUUGGAGAUUGGCCUAUAACUGUGGUCUCGGAUACAUACUGUCUACACAGUCUAACGGAAAGCAAUUCACCAAAUACGUCCAACAACUGGUGAAGAACAACAAAUCAUUUUUGGAGGCCAAUUUAUCUCUUCGUGGAAAGAAGGGCGAGGUUAAGCACGAGAAGUACAAAGUAGAUGAAUAUCCAUUGGAUUUUACAGCUUGGAUGGUUUACCGUACAGUUGUUGACAUUAUUUUGAGUAGCGAUUUGGCAGGUUACAUUGUUUUUUGCUUGGCAUAUUUUGAACUUCCAACUAGUAUUGGUUUUUAUGAAAUUGUUUCAUAUGCUAUUGGUGUUGCUCUCUGUUUAUUCAAUAUUUGGGCCAAGUCCGAUGCUCACCGUGUUUUGGGAGACUAUGCUUGGUACUGGGGUGACUUUUUCUUCUUGUUAGACAAGAAUCUAGUGUUCGACGGCAUUUUCCAAAUGUUCCCUCAUCCAAUGUACAGUGUUGGAUAUAGUUUCUAUUAUGGAGUUUCCAUCAUGUCAAGAUCAUACACAGUAUUGGUUGUGUCAUUUUGUGCUCACAUGUUGCAAUUAAUUUUCUUGGUCUUUGUUGAAAAUCCUCACAUUGAAAAGAUUUAUGGAGGCAUGAGCACACCAGAGACAUCCAAAGAUUCAAAGGCAGAGCGUGAACCAAUUUUGUUCUAUAAUUUGAACCCUUUCAAACACCCUGAUGACUUGCUCUUGGUUGUAAUCACCGUGUACGCCAUGUUCACUUCCUUAACAGCUCCUUUCUUUGUUGCCAUUUGUCACGCUGUAUUGUGGAGAUUGAUUCACCAUUUAGGAAUGGGAUACAUUUUAUACGGACAAAGUAAGAACCAAGCAUUCACCAAACGAUUCACAAAGAGUGGUGGUACCAAUCAACAAGCAUUUAGCUUCUUUAAGAGGCUUUACAACUUUUCUUUGACCAUUAAUCAUGCUAUUAUGAUCGCAUUGACACUCAAAAUAUUUAUUACAACCUUCUUAUGGGUGGAUUAUAAUAGUAGUGGAUCUGCAACUACCGACUAUUACUACGAAGGAUUUUCUCAACUCAUGACAUGGCAAUACGCCACACAAUUGGUUGCUGGAAUUAUUUUGAUUUUAUUGAAUAUUUAUCAAUCUACCUCAACCUAUGAAGUUUUGGGAGACUAUGGAUGGUUUUAUGGAGACUUCUUCUAUCAGGAGACACAACAAAGCAAACAACCAUCGUACACUGGAAUUUACAGAUAUUUGAACAAUCCUGAAAUUGUUCUUGGUUAUUGUGCAUACUUUGGUAUGGCGUUAAUUGCCAAGUCGUGGGCUGUUUUGGGAUUGGCUGUCUUGUCUCAAUUUGCCACUUACUUGUUUGUCAAGCUAGUUGAAAAACCUCAUAUGGAUAAGAUUUACGGUGCUACCAAUUUGAGAGAAAAGGGAGGCAUUGAAUUGGAGCUUCAGAAAUCUGUGUCUCGAGUGGCUUCGCAUCCUUCCAUUGCUGCCCUCAAUGAAAAAGUUGAAGAGAACUUGACGAAAGUGAAAAAGUUGCUGCUCAACAAGAAUGAUUAA